AUGAGGUAAAAGCACACCUUCCUGAGUACCUGAAAAAAAAAAACUCUCUCAGAAAUCUCACUGAGCUCAGAAGCCCUCUGGUUCAAGGAUUACACUUGGUUUUACCUGUAUCUCUCUAGGAAAAAAGCAGUCAAAAUGCCAGCCAGUCUGUGUGGUACUUGGGACCUCAUCAGCAGUGCCAACUUUGAAGGCUACAUGAUUGCUCUGGGUAAGUCCUGCACUGAUUUUUCUUUAAAUCCUGCAACAUUUUUCAACAUUUGAUCUAUCUAAAUUUAUGUUGAAUGACUUGAGAUGACUGUACUUGUAUUUCUAAAAUACAUGCAAAGCAAACAAUGCCAUAUUUAAAAAGUAGGUAAAACAGCUCACUGUCACAUGCAGGGGAAAAAAGUUGGCUGUGCAUCUGCAGUAGUGCUAUUUAUGGUAUGCAUGUGUCUGUGUGAGCCAGGGAAUGUGUUUGUGGUCUUGUGCACGUUUUAGUUACACAUCACACUCCCAAUUUUAGGUAUCAGUCCUUACCUGAGAAAGAUAGCUCUAAAACUGAAGCUGAGAAAAGUGAUUGAACAGCAGGGAGACCAGCUCAUUAUCAAGACUGCCAGCCCCUUUCGGAACUACACAGUCUCCUUCAGAGUGGGUCAGGAGUUUGGGGAGUUUACACAGGGACUGGACAACAGGCAUGUCAAGGUGAGGUUGGAUGACUAGUUUGAGAUCAUGUGAUGUGAGUUUUUCUGAUUCAUGCCAUGAUGUGGUGUGAUGUUCAUUCUGUCUUUCUGUCACCUGAUCAGUCACUGGUGGAAUGGGAGGGAAGUAAACUGGUGUGUGAACAGACUGGGGAGAAGAAGAACCGAGGCUGGGCUCACUGGAUUGAAGAGGACAAGCUUCAUCUAGUGAGUAAAUACUAGUUUAAAAUCUUAUAUACAAUAAAGUGUUCAAACUAAUGCAAAUAAUGUAUACAUACUUUAAAAAAGAAAAAAAAUUAAUAACAUUAUUUGAAAUAACAUUUUGUCACCUCAGGAGUUGUACUGUGAAGGAGAAGUCUGCAAGCAGGUUUAUAAGAAGAACGUGAAUGAGUGA